AUGAAUGUCAUCCGCGGCCUAAGGCUUCCUGGCAGGAACUGUGUUUUCUUUCAUUUGGCCUCUUUGACUAAAUGGGGCAAGUGCAGUAAUCUCUGUGGGUUUUAUGCAAGAUGUGCAAGUCAAGUCAGUUGUAAACUAGAUAGGUGCCAAAGACUAAAUUUGAGUAGAAAUACUGGGAACUGGAAGUUGACUGGAAGCCCUAACUGCUAUGGAAACUCAACUGGUAAAGGACAGAGGUGUCUUCUAGAUGUUGUAAAUACAGAAGUAUGCAAGAAAGCACACCAUGGUUCUACACGAUCUUGCUUCCUGUCUUCUCAGCCACUGGUGGAGAAGAUCCCAUUCCUCCAAAUCGGUUCCCUUGGGCAACUCCCAAAUCGUUUUUCUGCUUGGAACAUUCCAGUCAUCAGGUUUUUUCACAUAUCACCAUCGUUUAAGGCUGCUCCGGCUCCUCUUUUCUGGAUUCUCAUUAAACCAGCUCAGAAAUUAUUUGCCAUCAUUCUUGGCAGGAGAAUAAGAAAGUGGUGGAAGUCACUUCCUCCUAACAAACGAGAACUCUUCAAGGAAAGUGCAAGGAAAAAUAAAUGGAAGAUACUCCUGAGUGUCAGUAGCCUAGGAAUUUUAUUUAUUGUGUUUUAUUUUACUCACUUGGAAGAGACACCCAUCACUGGACGUGCUCGACUGUUGGUUUUUGGAAAAGAACAUUUUAGGGAACUGUCACAGAUGGAAUACGAGAUGGUAAGAUUUUAAAGUAAAUUCAAAAUGCUCUAAAACUACUUUACUGCUUUUCUUAGUAAUGAUAUAGUCCAGGUAUGGAAAUGGGUGGUUGGUCACUUAUCUGAAAGCAAUAAGGACAUCCCACAGAUCUCUGAGCAGAAGUGGGUUGUCCAUGUGGUUGAAGAACCAGGUGUAAAUGCUUUUGUGCUUCCGAAUGGACAAGUAUUUGUUUUCACAGGGUUGCUAAAUGCAGUUUCUGAUAUUCACCAGUUGUCUUUCAUUUUGGGACAUGAGAUAGCUCAUGCUGUGCUGGAACAUGCAGCGGAGAAGGCCAGUCUGGUUCACUUCUUGGAUUUUUUAUCUCUCAUCUUUCUCACUAUGAUUUGGGCCAUCUGUCCUCGUGAUAGUUUGGCAAUGGUUGGUCAGUGGAUUCAGGGCAAGUUGCAGGAGUUUAUUUUUGACAGACCCUACAGCAGGACAUUGGAAGCCGAAGCUGAUAAAGUGGGACUUCGGUUUGCAGCAAAGGCUUGUGUGGAUGUCCGGGCCAGCAGUGUGUUCUGGCAGCAGAUGGAGUUAGCAGAAACCAUCCAAGGGCAGCCCAAGAUACCGGAGUGGCUCUCCACACACCCCUCGCAUGAAAACAGAGCUGAGCACCUAGACCGGCUGAUCCCAGAGGCUCUUAAAAUAAGAGAGAGCUGCAAUUGCCCAUCUCUUUCUGGACCAGAUCCUCGUCUCAUUUUCAGACUUAACAUGCAACGUCUGCUGGAAUCGUCUAAAGAUCAACAAAGCCCAAAUUCUACAAAGCAAGAUCUUACAAAACCAAAACUGGAUUUGCCUCACACUCAUAAAAUGGAAGAUAGGCCAGUAACUUUUGCAGUUAAACCUACAAACUCUUGA